UAUAAUUUUUGUACUUUAUAUUCAAAUAAUUAAAUUUACUAUUUUAUAGUUGAAACUAUUACGAUAGCAAUACGCAAGUAUUAUUGUGAGUGUAUGUUAAUAAAUAUGCUUACAUAUUUAGCCAUUGUGUUUUCGUUAUUGAUGUUUAUAGAAGCUGAACAAAGAUGGCAUACAUCACAAAUAAUAUUAUCGAAAUUAUAUGAUCUGCAAAACGACCAUUUUAAUGCAUUAAAUAAAUACUUGGAUUUGGAGGUAAAACGCUUGGAAGAAUUGAAAAAUUAUGUAAACACAGUAUACGAAUGGCGUAACCACAAAAAAACCAACAAAGACUUUUUAUACAAUCACUUGGAUGUUACUAGACUGAUGAAACAAAUGCACCAUCAUUUUUUUAAAAUUAAAGAUUUGAUAGAAAAUAAAUUAUCUAUAGAAGCAUUAAAAGAAAUUGACGAGCAUAAAGAUCUUAGUGGUAAUCAUGUAUUGUUAGCGCAUCUAGCAUUGAGGAGACUACAAAUAUUUUAUGCAAUUCCUGCUUCAGACAUGUCGGCAGGUAGAUUUAAUGACAGAAUCAUUGGCGAUCGAAUGGAUGCAUGCGAAUGCUACGUCAUGGCGAAGUAUUGUUCAAAGGCAAACGAUAUGUAUGGCGUCAUAGAAUGGGCUGUUGAAACGUAUUAUAAAUGGGAGAGUGAUGGUCAACCAAAAUGUGUAGAUUCCGAUAUUUUAAAUUUCUACAUAGUAUCAUCAUCAAUUUAUACAGGAUUUGACUUUAUGAAUUUAAUACAUAUAAAUAGAUCAACCAAUCUUCAAAAAGAUACUGACAAAUUUUUGCAAUAUUAUCAUCUUAUAAAAAAUGAAUUAUUUGAAUUAGAUAAGAAGAGAGCGUUGUAUAUAUUUGAAGUAUAUUAUUAUUUGGAAGGAAGAAUGUGUGAAAACGAAUUUAGAUAUUUAUGUCAACAUGGGGUAUCACGAACAAUAACAAAAUACUCAAAAUGCAGAUAUCAAACGAAAAAUUCAUUUUACCGAAUAUUGAUGCCCUUUAAAGAAGAAGAUAUUAAUAAUGAGCCACUUAUUAAAAUAUAUCAUGAUGUAUUAUAUGAAAACGAAAUUUUGAGAAUUAAAACUAUGGCUUCGGAAAACAUGAGAGAUGCAGGAAUCCUUGCAGCUGCCACCGGAAGUACAUUAAAUGAAAGAAGUCGUUCAGGUCAAGUCUAUUGGAUAAAUUAUUACGAUGCUGUUGAAUAUUUUGAUUCAUUAAAUACUCGUAUAGAAACGUUUACCGGAUUUUCUACGAAGACAGCGGAACUAUAUCAAAUAGUUAAUUAUGGUUUAGGUGGUCAUUAUUUACCACAUCAUGAUCCGUUUCAAAAAGGAAUUGUAUACGAAAAUAUGGAAUUAGGUAACAGAUUAGUAACUGUAUUAUUUUAUUUGACUGAUGUUAAAAACGAUGGAUAUACGGCAUUUCCUAAGUUAAAUAUUGUUGCUUCUACUGAAAAAGGAGCUGCGUUGGUUUGGCAUAAUUUGAAUAUAUUUAAUGGAGAAUUAAUCGAUGAAACUCUUCAUGGGUCAUGUCCUUUAUUGAAAGGAAAUAAAUGGAUUAUGACUAAAUGGCUGUACGAAGAAGGACAAUAUUUGUCUUAUGAUUGGAAAAAUAAAUGAAAACGUUUAAUAAUUAUAUAAUAAUGAAAUAAUAUAU